AUGAAAAAUGACCAUAAAUUCCCUUUAGAGUUUCGCACGAAAGCACAGGAAAUAACUUUAUUACUUUUCAACGGUUUCACAAAAAGAAAUGCAAAGAAAGAAAAAAGAUAUGUCAUGGAUCAAUAUUUUUCAUUUCGUAUGGAAAACAUAAAAACAAUGAAAAUUUAUUCGAGCGCCUUUCCAAGGGAUAGAAUUUCAAGAGUCCCAAUUCGCAUGGAGGCUUCAUUUGCAAGCAGAAGUUUUCAUUUUGAAAGGAUGUGGGGAAAUGAACCAUAA